CAACAAAAGAAUAAAGGACUACAAAAUAAUAAAGAAGGACUACAGAAUAAUAAAAAGGAACAGAAAUAGAUUAUUUCUUUCACGACUAACGAGUGUGGCAGGAUCAGAGCAUCAAGUAAACAUCAGACCCUCCCUCUUUGUCAGUGACUGUGGACGUCCUGCAGGUGUCGCUGACAGCAGCCUGCUAAAGCUCCAUGCCUGCCUGACAGCAGCAACCAAACGUGGGUGUCUGCCUGUCACCCAGGGCCCUGUGACAAAGCAGAGGGAAGAAGACGAGACGUAGAGGAGGAAACCAGAAAGAAACUCUGUUGCAGAAAUGGACCUGCGGUCUGAGCUGCUCAAGUCUAUCUGGUAUGGUUUUACAGCUCUGGACCUGGAGAAGAGUGGUAAGGUGUCCAAGUCUCAGUUAAAGGUGCUGUCUCACAAUCUGUGCACAGUCUUGAGUAUCCCACAUGACCCAGUUGCUCUGGAGGAGCACUUCAGGGAUGAUGAUGAUGGUCCAGUUUCCAGUCAGGGUUACAUGCCUUACCUUAACAAAUACAUCCUGGAUAAGGUUGUUGAUGGCUCUUUUAUAAAGGAAGACGUGGAUGAGCUCUGUUGGACUCUCACAGCAAAAAAAAACUACCAAACAGACAAAACCAGCACCACGGUUCUGCCGGAGAAGGAUGCUUUUCGUCUUUGGUGCCUUUUUAAUUUUCUCUCUGAGGACAAAUACCCUUUGGUUAUGGUCCCUGACGAGGUGGAGUAUCUCCUCAAGAAGAUAUGCAUGGCUAUGAGCAUGGAGUUCAACUGUGUAGAAUUAGAAGACUUCUUCUCCCAAGAUUCAGUGCAGCAGAGCGGCAUCACUGUUUGGGUUUUCUUGGAGAUGAUGAACUCAGGAAAGAUAACCAGAGGAAUUGAAAAGGGCAUCAUGAGUAUGGCUGUAGAGGAGGUUUACAGAGAGAUAGUUGGUGAUGUCCUCAAAGAGGGUUAUCUUUGGAAGAAAGGCCAGCUGAGGAGAAACUGGAAGGAACGCUGGUUCACCUUAAGGCCCAGCAACUUGUCCUACUACACGGGAGAGGACCGCAGGGAUUGCCAGGGCAACAUAGCUCUGGAUGGGAACUGCUGUGUGGAAGAAGUAGACGAUGAGCAAAUAUUGUUUGGUCGUACAAAAUGGAUCAUAAACGUCCUUUUUCCAGUGCUGCCAGAUCGGGAUGGGAAGAGGUGCAUGUUUUGUCUAAAAACUCUCUCCAAGACUUAUGAGAUGAGCGCCUCAGACACCAAGCAGAGACAGGAGUGGACAGCAGCUAUUCAAACAGCUAUCAGGCUACAUGUGGAGGGGAAAACAUCCCUCCACAAAGAUUUGAAGUUUAAGCGACGUGAACAGAGAGAGCAGAGGGAGAAGAGACGGCAGGCCAAGGAGGAGGAGCUGCAGAGGCUGCGGGCUCUGCAGGAAGAACGGGAACGUAAGCUAGCAGAGCUGGAACUUCUGAAGGAGGCACAAAAGCAGGCUCAGGCCCUGCUGGAGCAAGAUGAGCAGAGGAGGCGGCAGCAGCACGAACAGCUCCAGCAGGCCUUGGAGGUCCAGCUGCGAGAGGCUGAGGAUGCGCGGGUCAGCAUGCAGGCAGAGAUGGCCCUGAAAGAGGAGGAGGCAGAGAAACAGAGGAAGAGGAUCCAGGAGCUUGAGGAGAUGCAGAAGCGUCUGGAGGAGGCGCUUCAGCAAGAGAUCAAGGCCAGGCUGGAUGAGGAGGCCUUCCGCUACGCUCAAGCAGGGUUACUUGCAGAGGAGGAGGAGAAAAUGAAGGCCCUGAUGUCCCUGCAGGAGGAACAGGAGGAGUACAUCCUGAAGACACAGAGGGAGAAGCAGGAGCUGAAACAGGAAAUGGAAGUCAAGUCUCGAUCACUGGACGAGGCACAGAGGCAGCUGGAGGAGGUCCGAGCCAACAGGCACAGGGUUGACCAGGAUGUGGUGGCUGCACAGAGGAAACUUCGCCAGGCAAGCACCAACGUCAAACACUGGAACGUCCAGAUGAACAGACUGAUGCGACCAAUUGGACCAGGCGAAAAGAGGCCGUCGCUUGGAAGCUCUUUUUCAUCCAUCCAGAUCCCAUCACAGAGGGAUCCUGGGCUGCGUCUUAGAAGGCGAUCAGGAUCAGGGGAUCAGGACGAGGAGAGCAAAGAAAACGUUGACACCAGGACUGGAUGUGAUUCAGAGAAACGCCACUCCCAUGCCUCAAAUGGAGACAUGGAUAUCCCCUAAAAAUAAGAACCAGCCUGGCUGCUGGAGUUUUUCCUCAAGGAUAGGGCGAGAAUUGACUGUCUGAUGUGUAAACAAUAUUAAACAGUGGGACUACACACUUUAAACUGAAUUUACAGUACUGCCAUUUCUAUUGAUGUUGAAUUUACUGACCUCAUUUCACAAACAGCAACAGUUUUAAAAUUUUUAACGGAAAUAAAACCACUUAUCAACUAAUCUUUGGCUGUGACAUGUGUGAGGCUUUUGGACAUGAAAAAUACCUCAAUGCAAAUAAUAUGAGCUGUAAGCAUGAUCAUGAAAGGGAGUUGUGAUGUUUUAAGGUUAAAACUUAAGAACAAAAUAAGGAAGCUGGUUUGUUUUGCCCUAUAAUAUUUAAACAUAACACAGUUUCAUUAAUAGAAAUUUAGUUUUGGAAUGCUGAGCGUGGGUUGACUUUCUGAUGUAAAAAGUUGGAUCAGUAUUACUAGUUUUAUGAAAUUUCUUGGUAAAAUGGUGACUCCUGAUAAACAGGAAAGAGAGAGACAGACAGACAGACAGACAGACAGUGAGAGAGAGAGAGAGAGAGAGAGAGAGAGAGAGAGAGAGACUCAUCACACUUCCUGUUUCUUCUGUCACUUAACAUAUCUGUAAAUAAAAGUGAGGUAAAGUCUUGA